UAGUAAAGGAUUUUGAUCUUUUCAAACAUCUCAUUUUUCAUUCAUUGCUGUGGGCCCGUCCAAAAGAGACCUAUUGACGCUUGACCUGAAGACUCAAACCAUUUAACAGCUUUAAAAAACCAUCUCCUUUCUUCAAUCCACGGCCCAUCAUCCCCUCAUCAACAACCUUUGUAUUUCGAAGAAAGAAAACAUGAAAACAAUACAACCUGCAUCUCUCCUCCUCAUAAUACCGCAACUGCUACUCCUUAUCAUUAGUUUAUCAAAACAAACAAGAGCUCAAAACAUAAGCUCGGACACCACACUCACCACUUCCGGCACCACCACCAGCGUCAUGUCCCCCUCCGGUGACUUCUCUUUUGGCUUCACUCCCCUACCAUCCAACGAUAACACCACCACAAAUCUCUUCCUCCUGGCCAUUUGGUUCGCCAAGACUGUAGACAAAACUAUAGUCUGGACGGCCAAUGGCAACAAUCCAGCACCAGCAGGCUCGGAGCUCAACCUCACCCCCAAUGGCACACUCUUAUUGACAAGUCCCAACGGAACCACCAUCUUCUCCUUAGCCUCAGGCGCUGGCUCCCAUGCCGCCAUGCUCGACACCGGCAACUUAAUCCUAGUCGACGCAAACUCUGACGACCCCGCUUGGCAGAGCUUUGACCACCCGACUGACACCAUACUCCCAACUCAAGUCCUUACUUCCAAUAUCUUCCUCCAGUCACGUCUCUCCAACACUGACUUCUCCACCGGCCGGUUUAGACUUUAUCAGAAAGACGGCAAGCUCAGCCUAUCCCAAGUAGCCAUUCCCAAGGAUACCCUAUACGAGCCUUACUGGUCAUCUGAUCAAGCAGUCGAUGGAACUCAGCUCGUCUUCGACCGCUCCGGCUAUGUCUAUUUUGAUCUCACUAAUAACACUCAUCUCAACGUAACCACAGCUAACCUAGACUCAUCGUCGUUGUCCAAGUUCUAUCAGAAGGGGACGUUGGAUGUCGACGGUGUGUUUAGGCAUUAUAAAUACCCAAAGGACAAUACUGGAGGUUGGCAGCAGAAGUGGAAUAUUGCAGACCGUGUGCCCCGUGAUACCAAUAUCUGUUUGAGGCCUAUCCCUGAUGACUACUAUGGCAGCGGUGUUUGUGGUUACAAUAGCUUCUGCCAAACGGAUGUCGAGAGUGAUCAGUUAACUACUUGCAAAUGCCCUUCUAACUACUCGUUCAUUGACUCUCGUAACCAGUACAGUGGCUGCUCACCAGACUUCGAUACCCAGCGUUGCGAUGUAGAUGAUACAGCACGGUUUCAACUCGUGGCGAUGACAAACACCGAUUGGCCGAGAUCAGACUAUGAACAUUACACAAAUGCCAGUGAAGAGGAGUGCAGGGAGUUCUGUUUAAAAGAUUGUCUCUGUGCUGUGGCGAUAUUUAGGAAUGUCGAGUGCUGGAAGAAGAGGCUGCCACUUUCUAAUGGCAGGACCGAUAGCACAGCAAAUGCUUUUAUCAAAGUAGCAAAGGAUGGUUCAACUUCAAGGGACGAACAACCGGCUGAACACGAUGAAAAAAUUAAGAAAGAAUACUGUUCAAAGGCUAUGGUGGUUGUUGGCUCUACACUUCUCGGUGGCUCGGUGUUGAUCAACUUGUUUCUACUUGCUUAUACUUUGAUGGUGGCCUUCUACUCUUCCAGAAAAAGAAAGCAGAACCAAUUCCAUCCAGAGACGUUGGCCGGUGUAGGAGGGUCUAACCUUCAUUCUUUUACAUACAAACAAUUACAUGAGGCCACAAAUGGCUUCAAUGAAGAACUUGGGAGAGGGGCAUUUGGCACUGUUUAUAAGGGGGUAUUGCAAAGGGAGGAUAGGAUCUUCAUUGCAGUGAAGAAACUGGACAAGCUGUUGAAAGACGCAGAGAAGGAAUUUACGUCGGAAGUGAGAUCAAUUGGGCAAACACACCACAAAAAUUUGGUGCGAUUGAUUGGUAUCUGCAAAGAAGCGGAAAACAGGAUGUUAGUGUAUGAAUUCAUGAGCAAUGGUUCAUUGACGAGCUUCCUCUUCGGCGAAGAGAAACUGGAGUGGAACAAGAGAGUGAACAUCAUCUAUGAUGUCGCCAAAGGCCUACUCUAUCUGCAUGAAGAAUGUGUUUCUCCAAUCAUUCACUGUGACAUCAAAAGCCAAAACAUACUCUUGGACGACCAUUUUGUGGCAAGGAUAUCGGAUUUCGGAUUGGCAAAGCUUCUGUUGGUGGAUCAAACAAGAACGAACACUGGAAUUCGAGGGACCAAAGGGUAUGUUGCACCGGAAUGGUUCAAGAACACACUGGUGACGACAAAGGUGGAUGUUUAUAGUUAUGGAGUUUUGAUGCUGGAGAUCAUUUGCUGCAGAAAAAACUUGGAACUAGAAUUGGGGUUUGAUCAGGAGAGAGCAGUGUUGGUUUACUGGGCUUGUGAUUGUUAUAGAAAUGGCGAGCUGGAUCUUUUGGUGGAAAGUGAUAUAGAAGCCAUGAUGGACAUGAGAAGAGUGGAGAAAUUUGUAAGGGUGGCCAUUUGGUGUAUACAAGAAGACCCAUCAUUGAGACCUUCAAUGGAGAAGGUAACACAGAUGCUUAAAGGCUCUGUUGAUGUUCCUGUGCCUCCUGAUCCUUCUUCAUUCAUGAGGACACUCAGAUAGGAAUCCUUGUCCAUCCUUUAUAUGCGUGCUUUUAAGUUUCAGUGCUGGAAUGUUGUUGGUCUUUGUCGAGUAAACGUAGUCAGAAGUCUUUUUUGUACGUCCUGCUUCACCACUUUCAAUUGAGUGAUGGAAAUUGAAAAAAAAAUAAUAAAAAAAAAGCCUAAACUUAUGUUUUUAGUCCAUUUUUCUUUUCA